GGGGGCGGACGGCGGGAGGGGGAGCGGGGACGGUCCGUCUCCCUAGAUGAGGGCAGGAAACACCCCCUCCCGCCCGGGGGCCCAACCGGAAAUCUGCCUUGCUCUGAAUCAACUAGUCCCCAGCCCCCGGCUCCGAGCGCGGCACCUGGGCAGGGCAGCGCGCCGGGACCCCUGGGCGCUCUCGGGCACCGCUCGCUCGGUCUGUGCGCCCCGGGUUACCGCUGCUGGCUCCGCCGGGCACUUCGGCUCCGUGUUCGCCCCGCCGAGCUUUGCCCACCAUGGGGCAGCAGCCGCGCCGGGCUGGCAGUGGGCGAGGCGGCGGGAGCCCCAGCUCCUGAAAUUCCCUCUCAUAGGUCGAACCGCGUGUUGGUGUGAGAGUGGCGGGGGGGAAGCCUGUGGUUUCGUGCCCGGGCCGGGCUGCACAUCGCACCAGAAGCAAACGGCGGAUUUGGACCUGCCAUCCCCACCGCCGGCAGAGACACCCCGGGCCACAAACAGGAAAGGAUCGAUUGCGCCCCAGAUUGAGAGUGAAGCGAAUAAUUCCCUGCCGCCUCCUUAGCCCUUCCUUGAAAAUCGAGACCAGACUGGCCAUUGUGAGUGAUGGGUCUUGGAGGGGAGCUCGGGAUCCGGCCCCUGCUUCUGGACGGCAAAAAAUCCUAUUCAACACAAGGAAGUUGAAUCCCGCUUAGUGUUGGGGAGAAUCCAGUGGGGGGGAAAUACCAGAGACAAGAUUUAUAAUUUCAUCCUCAGGAACUACCCUUCCUCCCGACAGCACAUGCGAUCAGCCGGCUGUGGAUUUUAUACUUGCGUCCAAAUGUAUUUAUUUUUUUAAAGUUAGCUGGGUGGCUGUUGGCUUUUUUUUUUUUUUUUUUGAAAGAGUCUUACCCCUGGACUAGUGUCGGAGACGCGCCUUCUCUUUGCAAUGGGAUUGCAGAUUUCUUAGCUGUGUUGUGGUCACGCUAAAUUCACGACUUGCCCUCCACCCUGAAGUUUCCAUAUAUGAAAUGGAAAAUCGAGGGCUGUUCGGCGCCCUUUGUUACCUGAUGUUCAAUGCACCCCUGCUGUUCAUAGUAAACGCUACAUUUACUGAAGUUCCCAAAGAUGUGACUGUUAGGGAGGGAGAUGAUAUUGAGAUGCCUUGUGCGUUUCGGGCCAGCGGAUCCACCUCUUACUCCUUGGAAAUCCAGUGGUGGUACCUUAAAGAACCAGCCAGAGAACUUGCCCAUGAAUUAGCCAUCAGUGCCCCUGGCAGCAGAAGCAAGGUAACAAAUAAGGAUGCAACUAAAAUCAGCACGGUGCGGGUCCAGGGCAAUGACAUCUCGCACCGGCUGCGGCUGUCCGGCGUGCGGCGGCAGGACGAGGGCGUGUACGAGUGCCGGGUGUCGGACUACAGCGACGACGAGACCCAGGAGCACAAAGCCCAGGCGCUGCUGCGGGUCCUGUCGCGCUUCUCCCCGCCCGACAUGCAGGCGGCCGAGGCGGUCUCGCACAUCCAGAGCAGCGGGCCGCGCAGGUACAGCCCGGCCAGCAGGGCCACCGCCGAGCCCGGCCUGGAGAAGCGCCUGCUGCCGCCCCAGGGAGUCGGGGCCGCGGCCGCCGCCUCAUCAUCCGCAGCUUCCACCACCGCGGCGUCCUCCUCGGCCUCGCCCCCUCCCGGCAAGGCCGCCAUCCUCCGCCAGCAGCACGGAUCAGGUACAGGACCUAUUUAUGCUACAGACCCACUCCUAUAUAUGUUCCUGUUAAUACUGCAUAAGCUUGUACACUUAUUAGUAAACCACUGAUGGACUAUUUUAUCCAAUAUUCCUAAACCAAACAAAAAGGAACCUAUUUAAAAACAAAACAAACCCUUGAUAAGAACUGUAGUUUUAAAGAUGGACAGAGAGAGACUGAAAGAAGCAUGACAAAUUGUACAUGGGGAGGGGGAAACAUAUUUUUGGGGACGUUACACAAAAUAAACCACCUAAAAUAAUGCAUCUAGUUUCCAGAUUAUAUGGUGUAAAGCCAUGCUCUGUGCAUGGCACCUAUGAUUUCUCUAUUUUAAUGUAAUAUUUUUUCUUUUCUAAACCUUCCUUCUGACUAUUCAUUUUGCACGAACUGUUGAGCAGUUAUCUUUAUGAUAAUAUGUAAAGAUGUUGAGUCAAAGCCCUUCUAAAGAAGGGAAAUAUUUUUAGUAGAUUAUUGUGUUUUAGGUUUUUUGGAUUUCCUUUUUCUGUUUUUUAAUUAAAGUAAAUUAUUUCUUUUUGAGACAUUUUGAUUAAAAAAGGCACAUCUUACCAUAAUUAAUAUUCACUAUCAAUAAUAUUUAUUUUUAAAUAAAGAUUGGAAGCAAGGUAAGACAUUUGUUUAUAAACUGUAUUGUAUAUUGCUGAAUAACAGUUGAAUAAAAAGAUUUUGAAAUAAUGUUU